AUGGACCAGGCCCAAGCCCAAGACCAACCUGAAGCACCGCCUCUCGCUCAUGGCGGGCAACAAGAGGCGCCCGCCAUUCGCCUGCUUGCUGAGCGUCUCGCCGUGAGCAAGCCGGAAUUGGACGAGAGGACUUUACCUGGCGAGGGAGACGGAAACCGUAAGGACAGCGAGAACAGCAGAAAGGGUCCUGAUGCCGGUCUCGAUACGCUGAACCGACGCUUCUACUCGUCUGCGCAAUGGACAGCCGACGGCACCGUCAUUCUCGCCCUAUCAUCCGACCAGACCGUCUCAUCAUUUGUCCUUCCUGCAGACCUCCUGCAGCCUGCAGGAGAAGCGCGCAAAUUGGGCUGCCAGGCCAGCAUCAAGCUCCCAGAGCCCACCCAAACCCUCGCCGCCGCGCCCUACUUCUCCCUGGCCAAUCCGGCCUCGCAAAUGUUUCUGGUUGGCUGUCGAGAUCAUCCCCUCCAUCUCUACCACGCCUUUCCUCAGCCAGAGGAUACGAAGACGGGUGCUGCUGCUGCUGCUGCUGUCGCCAGCCGAACCCCCCUCUACACCUAUAAGCUUAUCCGGCACGAGUCCGAGCAGUACAUCACCCCUGCGUCUCUGCUCUGGGAGUACCCUGGCACUCACUUCGUCUGCGGCUCAGCGAACCGCAUCGAUCUCUUUGACGUGUCUGGCCACUGCUCGGAUGGCCCAACGGUCACCGUUCCCACGAUUCCAUCCCGGCGCCACAUCGCCAAGGGUAGCGGCGUCGGCAUGAAAGGCACCGUGGCCGCCUUGGCGUCAUCGCCUCCUGCAGACGCCAAUGGCCACGGAUCCAUCCUUGCGGCCGGCACCUGGACCCGCUGGAUGGGGACGUACGAUCUCCACCGUUCUGAUAGAGUUGUUGCGAACUGGUCGAUCGCGGAUGCCGACCAGAAGGCGUUUCGUAUCAGCCUGGGAGGCCAGGGCGUCGUGCAGACGGCGUGGAGCCCCUGCGGGCGGUACCUUGUCGUCAACGAGCGUCAGGCUGACGGGCUGCUGGUGUACGAUAUCCGGGGAACCGGGCAGCUGUUGGCCGUGCUCAAGGGACGCAGGUCGACCACGCAGCAGCGGCUGCACUUUGACGUCUUUCCUGCAGAAACCGGCUUUGAGGUCUGGGCCGGCACCCAGCAUGGUACGGUGGCGGUAUGGGAGGGAGUUGGCAUGCAGAACGAUGCCAUUGAUCCCAGCUGGACGUGGAAAGCUCAUGAGUCCCCUAUAGGAAGCACGAUUGUACACUCUAGCGGCUCUGUUGCGGCAACAUGCUCGGGGGGCUGGGGGUAUCCGCGAGAACAAGACUUGGAUACUGCCUCUGCGGGAGCUGAUCCUACUCUUGACGGAUACAAUCAUCAUACCAGAAUCUUUGAUGAAUCGUCAAUAAGGAUCUGGUCCGUUGGUGGGCAAAGUGUCACCGCGUGA